GCUGCUGCUCCGUGAGCAGCAGAUGCUGCUGAGUGAAGGCAGAGGAGGAGACAGGGAGUCCCGGACCGAGCAACUGACUGCUAGCCACACAGCCUCCUCCAGAGUCCCAGGGGAGUAAAAUCCAGACCUGAUGAGUUGAAACCAGCAGCAGAAUCAGCUUUUAGAAAGUCUGUGAAGAAAAGCUCAGUUUUUACGUGUUGUAGAUGAUGCCAUGUCAGGCUGCAGAGCGAGCGGCAGCUGACGAUCAUUCCGGCGGAGCAGCGACGGCGGCAGCAGGCAUGUCUGUCACUACACAGCUGGGUCUGCUGCUGUGGAAGAACUUCACCUACAGACGACGACAGACGCUCCAGCUCCUGGCAGAGAUCGUCUGGCCCCUCCUCAUCUUCUUCAUCCUCAUCUCUGUGCGGCUGAACUAUCCUCCCUACGAGCAGCAUGAGUGUCAUUUUCCAAACAAGGCUAUGCCAUCAGCCGGGACGCUGCCCUGGCUUCAGGGAAUCCUCUGCAACGCCAACAACCCCUGCUUCAGACAUCCGACUCCGGGCGAGUCUCCAGGCAUCGUCGGGAACUUCAACGACUCCAUAAUUUCUCGCCUUUUCUCGGAUGCCAAGAAGAUCCUCCUGUACAGUCAGAAUGAUAAAAACCUUGAGGGCUUCAAGGAGCUGGCUCGAGCCUUGCAGGUGCUGCAGUCCAGCCGCUCAGGCUUCAAGUUGAAGCAUUUCCUGCGAGACAAUGAGACUCUGUCAAGUUUUCUGUUGAGGAACGCCUCCUUCCCCGAACACAGCGUCCAGCAGAUCACGGAGGCCGGCAUCAACCUGGAGAAGGUCCUCCUCGGGGGGUUUGGGGUCCACCUGAGGGACAUGUGUCCCAGCAAGGGGGGCAAGCAGAGCCUGGAGGAAUUUGUGACGAUCUCGGACCUACAGGUGUCAGCGAUGGUGCAAGAAAAGAUCUGCCAGACUUCGCCCACCUGGCUCAACCACGCCGAGGAGCACUUUCUGGACAACGUGGACUUCCUCAAACCCAUCCGGAGGGACGUCAGGGCUGACCCCGAGGCCGUCCAACAGGUCGCCAGGGCAACCGACAACCUGCUGGAUAGUCUUGGUUCACUGGCAGUUGAGUUGGCCAGUAUGAAGAGCUGGAUCGAUCUGAGGAACGAGAUAGUCUUCCUGACGCAGAACGCCACGUCGUCGCCCAGCACCAUGUACCAGGCCGUCUCCCGGAUCGUGUGCGGUCACCCCGAAGGCGGCGGUCUGCAGAUCAAAUCCCUCAACUGGUACGAAGACAGCAACUACAAGGCUCUCUUUGGAAACUACAACAGCAGCGAGGACGAGACGGCGUCGCUCUACGACAACUCCUCCACUCCGUACUGUAACAGCCUGGUGAAGAACAUGGACUCAAACCCCAUGUCCAGGAUGAUCUGGCAAGCCCUGAAGCCCCUGCUGUUAGGGAAGAUCCUGUACACCCCCCACACGCCCGCCACGCAGAAGAUCAUCCACGAGGUGAAUCGGACCUUCCAGGAGCUCGGUGUGUUUAGGGAGCUGGGGGGGAUGUGGGAGGAGAUAAGACCCAAAGUCUGGGACUUCAUGGAGAACAGCGAGCAGAUGAACGUGAUCAGGACUCUGCUAAAGAACAACAUCACCGCCAGAGUCUUUCGCGCUCAGCUUGCUGACACGGAUUGGACCGUAGAGGACAUCUCCAACUUCCUGUCCAAGCAGGCAGAUGACCAGCAGCCACCAGGCAGCACCCUCACCUGGAGGGAUGUGUUCAACGAGACCGAUCAGGCCAUCAUGAGCAUCUCCCACUUCAUGGAGUGUGUGAAUCUGGACAAACUGGAGCCGGUCUCCAAUGAGGAGAGAAUGGUGAACCUGUCCAUGAAGCUACUGGAAGACAGGAAGUUCUGGGCAGGGAUUGUGUUUCUGGAUGUCCCCUCCAACGCCACAGAGCUACCUCCCAAACUCAACUACAAGAUCCGCAUGGACAUCGACAACGUGGAGCGGACCAAUAAGAUCAAAGACGCAUACUGGGAUCCGGGUCCUCGUGCCGACCCGUUUGAGGACAUGCGUUACAUCUGGGGUGGGUUCUCGUACCUUCAGGACGUUAUUGAGCAAGGCAUCAUCAGAGCGAUGACGGGCACCAAGGAGAAGACGGGAGUUUACAUCCAGCAGAUGCCGUACCCAUGUUACGUAGAUGACAUUUUCCUGCGGGUGAUGAGCCGCUCCAUGCCUCUCUUCAUGACUCUUGCCUGGAUGUACUCAGUGGCCAUCAUCCUGAAGAGCGUGGUGUAUGAGAAGGAGGCCCGACUGAAGGAAACUAUGAGGAUCAUGGGUCUCGAUAACGGCAUCCUGUGGUUCAGCUGGUUCAUCAGCAGCCUGAUUCCUCUGCUGAUCAGCGCUGGGCUGCUAGUGUUGCUGCUCAAGAUGGGAAACCUCCUGCCCUAUAGCGACCCCGGCGUCAUCUUCCUCUUCCUGGGGUCCUUCGGCGUGGUGACCAUCAUGCAGUGCUUCCUGCUCAGCACGGCAUUCGCCCGCGCCAACCUCGCCGCCGCCUGCGGAGGAAUCAUCUACUUCACCCUCUACUUGCCGUACGUGCUCUGCGUCGCCUGGGAGGAGUACAUCGGCUUCGGGACGAAAGUCUUCGCUAGCCUUCUGUCCCCUGUGGCAUUUGGAUUCGGCUGCGAGUACUUCGCCCUGUUCGAGGAGCAGGGAGUCGGUAUCCAGUGGAAGAACCUGGUGUCCAGCCCACUGGAGGAGGAUGACUUCAGCCUCCGCACCGCCAUCAUCAUCAUGUACUUUGACUCCUUCCUGUACGGAGUCCUGACCUGGUACCUCGAAGCCGUGUUUCCAGGUCAGUAUGGGAUCCCUCGGCCGUGGUACUUCCCCUUCACUAAGUCCUAUUGGUUUGGAGAAAAGGACGGAAAGUCCACCAAACUCCCUCUGAAUCGGAAAGGAAACCCCGGAGCGGUGUGCAUGGAGGAGGAGCCGACUCACCUGGAGCCCGGAGUCUACAUUGAGAACCUGGUGAAAGUUUACCGUCAUGGUAAGAAGCUGGCGGUGGAUGGACUGACGCUCGGCUUCUACGAGGGACAAAUCACCUCCUUCCUGGGACACAACGGAGCCGGAAAAACCACCACCAUGUCCAUCCUUACUGGCCUCUUCCCACCCACCUCUGGCACUGCCUACAUCCUAGGCAGAGACAUCCGGACGGAGCUGAGCGCCAUUAGGCAAAGUCUGGGAGUCUGUCCACAGCACAACGUCCUCUUCAGCAUGCUUACGGUGGAGGAGCACAUCUGGUUCUACGCACGGCUCAAAGGCCUGCCAGAGGAACGCGUGAAAGGUGAGAUCGAGCAGAUCCUGCAGGACACAGGGCUGCCACACAAACGCAACUGCAGGACCAGCACUCUGUCUGGGGGCAUGCAGAGGAAGCUGUCCGUGGCUCUGGCCUUCGUUGGGGGGUCAAAGGUUGUCAUCCUGGACGAGCCUACAGCCGGCGUGGACCCUUAUGCCCGCAGAGGAAUCUGGGACCUGUUGCUGAAGUACCGCCAGGGCCGGACCAUCAUCCUGUCCACUCACCACAUGGAUGAGGCGGACAUCCUUGGUGACCGCAUCGCCAUCAUCAGCCACGGGAAGCUGUGCUGCGUAGGCUCGUCUCUGUACCUGAAGAACCAGCUGGGGACUGGCUACUACCUGACACUGGUGAAAAAGAACCAAGAGCCAUCACUCAGCUCCUGCAGGAACUCGGCCAGUACCGUCUCCUUCACCAAGAAGGAGGAGGAGUGCGGCUCAGUCAGCAGCAGCGACGCAGGACUCGGCAGCGAACAUGAAAGUGAGGCCGCUACCAUCGAAAAUGGCCCAGCGGCGUCCAUCUGCAAUAUCCCCUUUGUACCCCCGGACGUGUCUCUGGUUUCUGCCUUGAUUCUGCGUCACGUCCCUGACGCCCGCCUGGUGGAGGACCUGGGACACGAGCUGACCUACGUCCUGCCGUACAGCGCUGCUAAAGACGGAGCUUUUGUGGAGCUCUUCAAAGACCUGGACACAAAGCUUUCCGACCUCGGCAUUUCCAGCUAUGGAGUGUCUGACACCACACUGGAGGAGAUUUUCCUGAAAGUGGCUGAAGACAACGGAGUCGACACUGAAGUGACCUCAGAUGGGACAUUUCCUGUCCAGAGGCGGAGGAGGACUCAUGCUUUCGGUGGAGGAGACCCUCAGAGCUGCUUAAGACCGUUAACAGAUGAUGACAAUGAUGACUGUAAUGAUUCUGAAGACCAAGAGUGCAAAGAAACCGACUGGCUGAACUGUACUGAUGGCAAAGGCUCAUAUCAGGUGACAGGCUGGACUUUGAGGAGGCAGCAGUUUGUGGCUCUGAUGUGGAAGCGGUUUCUGUAUGCCCGGCGCUCCAGGAAGGGCUUCUUCGCUCAGAUCGUCCUCCCGGCCGUGUUCGUCUGCAUCGCUCUGGUCUUCAGUCUCAUCGUGCCGCCGUUUGGAGUUUAUCCCAGUUUGGAGCUGCAGCCGUGGAUGUACCAGGAACAAGUGACCUUCAUCAGUGAUGAUGCUCCUGGAGAUGCCAACAUGCAGAAGCUUUUAGAUGCGCUGCUGAAUGUUCCAGGAUUUGGCACUCGCUGCAUGGAUGGAUACACAAUUCCAGAGGCACCCUGUACGAUGGGCGAUGAGGACUGGUACACUCCUGAAGUUCCUGAAAGCGUCCUGGAGCUCUUUAGCUCCAGAAACUGGACCAUGGACGAUCCCUCUCCAGCCUGCAUGUGCAGCUGUGAUGGCAAGAAGAAGAUGCUGCCAGACUGCCCGGCUGGAGCCGGAGGUCUGCCCCCACCUGAGAUGAACCUGAGCGACACAGACAUCCUGCAGAACCUCACUGGGAGAAACAUCUCCGACUACCUGGUGAAGACUUACGCUCAGAUCAUUGGCAAGAGCCUGAAGAACAAAGUCUGGGUGAAUGAAUUCAGGUACGGAGGCUUCUCAUUGGGUGCCAGGAGCACUCAAGUGCUCCCUCCGGCUAACGAGAUCGAUGACGCCAUAGAGAGAGUCCGAAAGAUCUUUGAGUUACAGAAGGGAGCCGCUGCAGAUCGAUUCCUGGACACUCUGUCUGGCUUCAUCAACGGUCUCGACACAAAGAACAACGUCAAGAUCUGGUUUAACAACAAAGGCUGGCACAGCAUCGGCGCCUUCAUCAACGUGAUGAACAACGCCAUCCUUAGGGCAAACCUGCCUCAGGGAAGAGACGCCAGCAAGUACGGCAUCAGCGCCUUCAACCACCCGCUGAACUUGACCAAGGAGCAGCUGUCCCAGGUCGCUCUGGUGACGACCUCCGUGGACGUCCUGGUGUCUAUCUGCGUCAUCUUCGCCAUGUCCUUCGUGCCUGCGAGCUUCGUGGUCUUCCUCAUCCAGGAGCGGGUCAGCAAAGCCAAACACAUGCAUUUCAUCAGUGGCGUCCAUCCGCUGCUCUACUGGACCGCCAACUUCAUAUGGGACAUGUGUAACUACGUCGUCCCGGCAACACUCGUCAUCCUCAUCUUCAUCUGCUUCCAACAAAAAGCCUACGUGUCAUCCACCAAUCUGCCGACCCUCGCCCUGCUGCUGCUGCUCUACGGCUGGUCAAUCACGCCGCUCAUGUACCCGGCUUCCUUCUUCUUCAAGAUCCCCAGCACGGCGUACGUCGUCCUCACCAGCGUCAACAUCCUCAUCGGCAUCAACGGCAGCAUCUCCACCUUCGUCAUGGAGCUGUUCGGAAACAACGAAAUCGGAGGAAUCAACGACAUCCUGAAGAACGUCCUCCUCAUCUUCCCUCAUUUCUGUCUCGGCCGAGGUCUCAUCGACAUGGUGAAGAACCAGGCGAUGGCCGAUGCCCUCGAGAGAUUCGGUGAGAACAGGUUCCGCUCUCCUCUGGAGUGGGACAUGGUGGGAAAAAACCUGCUUGCCAUGGCUGUGGAGGGAGUUGUCUUCUUUUUCAUCACUGUCCUCAUUCAGUACAGGUUUUGCAUCAAACCCAAGCCGGUCAGUAAGCUCACCAAACUGGCACCUCUGGGUGAGGAGGAUGAGGACGUGGCCCGAGAGAGACAGCGGAUUGUCCACGGCCUCGGACAAGGAGACAUCCUGGAACUUCGGCAGCUGACGAAGGUGUUUAAGAGGAAGGAGAAGCCGGCGGUGGAUCGACUGUGUGUCGGGAUUCCUCCCGGAGAGUGUUUCGGCCUCCUCGGUGUGAACGGAGCCGGAAAGACGACCACCUUCAAGAUGCUGACGGGAGACACCAUAGUGACCAGAGGAGAGGCUUUCCUGGCUGGGAAGAGCAUCCUGCGGGAGAUCGACGAGGUGCAUCGAAACAUGGGUUACUGUCCUCAGUUUGACGCCAUCAACGAGCUGCUGACAGGAAGAGAGCACCUGGAGCUGUACGCCAUCCUCAGAGGGGUGCCUGAGAAGGAAGUGUGUGACGUAGCAGAGUGGGGUAUCAGGAAGCUGAGUCUGGUCAAGUAUGCAGAUAAAGCAGCUGGAAGCUACAGCGGAGGAAACAUGAGGAAGCUGUCCACAUCCAUGGCUCUGAUCGGAGCGCCCCCUGUAGUGUUUCUGGACGAGCCGACCACGGGUAUGGACCCCAAGGCCCGCCGAGCCCUCUGGAACUGCAUCCACAGCGUCAUCAAAGAGGGCCGCUCCGUCGUCCUCACCUCACACAGCAUGGAGGAAUGUGAGGCUCUGUGCACGAGGAUGGCGAUCAUGGUGAACGGCAGGUUCAGAUGUCUCGGCAGCGUCCAGCACCUGAAGAACAGGUUUGGCGACGGGUACACCAUCAUCCUGCGGGUGGCGGGGCCGAACCCCGACCUGCUGCCCGUCAUGAAGUUCAUUGAAAGCGAGCUGAGCGGCAGCACGCUGAAGGAGAAGCACCGGAACAUGCUGCAGUACCAGCUUCCGUCCUCGCUCACCUCGCUCGCUCACAUCUUCUCCAUCUUAGCCAAAAAUAAAGAGACGCUGAGGAUCGAGGACUACUCCGUCACUCAGACCACGCUGGACCAGGUGUUUGUAAACUUCGCGAAGGACCAGAGUGACGACUAUCACUCCAAAGACAACUCUGUGAGGCGGAAGGACGUCGUCGUCAUCAACCUCCCGGCACUGAGCUCGACCAGCGGAGCCUCGCAUGACGGUGGCGGGGUGUCGGAGAGCGUCAUGUGACCGCACUGUGAGGCUGAAGCUUCAGCCUGGACUUGACCCGCAGCAGAGAAGACACCUACCUCUUCUCUGAUGACACACUGAUUUAAAAAAAAAAAAUGGCAGUGGGCGGAGUCACCUGCUGCCUUAUGCCAGUCAAUGCAAAUGAUUUCCUCUGGAGGCGGGGAGCGCUUUGCCGACAACGCCGCCUUAAACACUUGAACGAGUGCCUUCAGACCUCCCGCGGCUCUGAGACUCUUCUUCUCUUCCUGAUUGAAGGCGAAGAACACGAGCGACUGUUUUUGGUGACAAACGAUGAAGAAUCCGAAUCAUUUCAAACGGCCGAGGGCUCGACUGCAAAAAAAAAAAAAAAAAAGAGAAAAAAUCACACGUUUUAGAAAAAACAAAACAAAAAAACAUUUGAUUCCGUUUCUAUUGUCAGACUUUAUUUAUAUGUGUAGUGAAAAGAGACGUGUAAUUUGUUGUUUUACUUUGACGGAGUCAUUAACUGUUUCCUGUAGUGUUUAACUGCCAAUCAAAGCACCUGAUACAGAGGAGACGUACUGAUUUUUAUAGUUUUGUUUUUUAAAGAAAGGAUACUAAGAAAAGCCGAUUUGUGAGUUUGGGUGUGAAACAGUGAAAUACCUCAUCAGCUUCUGAAGCACACUACAGUAUUGAUGAGCAGCCUUGCUGAUCGAUCGGUGCUCUGAUUGGUCGGCGAGCUGCUAAAGGCGACUCUCUGUGACUGCAGCACUUGAAGUGUUCAAACACCAUCAGUUUGUCUUUGCACUGAAAUCAAACUUGCUUUCCUCUGAUCACGUUUAUUGAUCGUGCGGCUGAUGGAUGAAGAGCUGUUACGACCCGAACAACCAGGAUUAAACUGAAACAAAUCUCCCGCCUCCACCUGGCUCUUUACUUCGCUCUGAGACACACACACACACACACACACACACUCCUCUCUUAGGUUUUUUUAAAUCACUAACAGUAAAAAAUGAAUUCAGGUUUGGAAAAGUUCAGUUUAAAGAGCAGAAUCAGUUUUGGAAGCCAGGGCCUCCACCCACCGCCUGACUGCCACUGAAUCUCACCCAGCAAUCUUGAACACCACCUCUGUGAGGUAUUUUGACCAUGUCCUACAGGUAGGAGGCUUCCGAACACCUCCUUAUCCCCACAGAUGACUGGGAGGUGGUGUGUGGGGAGAGGGCAGUUAGGACGUCUCUGCUUAGACUGCUGGCCCCACCGAUCCGAACCUGGAUAACCGGCAGGAAGAUGGAUGGAUGGAUCCUGAUGAAUCUCCUCAGACCUCUCGUAUACACUCAUCACUAAAAAAUGUUUGUGGAAACAAAAUUUGUGCCACUAUGUUUUUUAUUAUUAUUAUUUUUUACAUGUUUCUAUGAUGUAGUGAAGAACAAUCGUGAGCAUUUCAUGUUUCAAAGGCUUUUACUUGUUAGACUCCCAGAGUCCCGCUCUAUACACAAAUAAAUCAAAUUUCAAGCAAAGACUCUUCUUCUGCUGCAGUUCUCUGUGACGUGCUGGCUAUCAGUGCUGAUCAGGUUGCGGGUUUCUGCUUGUCCACCCAUUUUUUUUUUUUAAGGAAAAACCAAAUAAUGUUACUGUUUAUAAUCCAUAUAGCCUGAGGUGGACAUGCAUAAAAAUAAAGUCUAAACUGUAAAGACAGAAUUCAGAUUUACACAAACUUUGAAGUUUUUGUGUGAAAAGAAAACGCAUGUUAAAACCGAGAAUUCUUCAAAUUUUAGAAAUCUUAGUUUUUCUCCUUUAUUUUGAAUGAGAUGCUUUCCCACUGGGUUAAAUAAGCUUUUAGGGUCAUUUCAUCAGGAUCAGCUGAUUUUACCUGAAUACUAGUAAAUUACUAUUACACAAGAGCAUCCAUAGCUCACAACGCCCCCCGAAGGCCAACGGCUGUAUUAAAACGUUGAUGUUUGUAUUACCACACGAUGCCGCCAACCUGUUAUGGCGUCUCUGUGCCUUUUCAUAUAAUAUAUUACUCCAUGGUUUUUUUUUUUCCAAGGUCAGUUUUGACCUUGGGUGCCAACAAUGAAGGUCAAAUGCUUAGCCAGCCUGGGUACUCGUGCCCCCCAUGGCCUUUGUAUUGAUAUAAAGUAUAAAGACUAUGCAUAAAAAUUGUGGGAAGUAAAAAGUUUCUACUGAUUUACACAGUUACUGUGACCUUGACCCUCAAUCAUCACACAAAAUUUGAAAAUGAAAUCUUAAACUGUGGACGCCUGACUGCUAACAAACAAACCGAUUAUAUGCUCCAGCAGAGACCAGCAGAACAGUGACUGGAUGUUGAUCCUGGUGUUAAAAAUAGGUGAAAAUGGGAAUUUUCACAUGUUCCAACUUGUUUGGAGCAGCCACCCAUCAAACAUGGUGACACAAUGCCUUAAAAAAGUGCAUUUUGGGUAAAAUUUAAGUUUUCUCAGAAAACAACAUGAUCAAAAUUGCAUUAAAAAGCUCCAGAUUUUAACCCAGCUCUACUUGCUUCUCAGUUUUCAGCCUUUUUAUAUGUUGUCUUUGUACCAGAUAUUAUCAUAUAUAAAGCUACUUUGGGCUGCUCCUUUAUUCACAGCAGGUAGCCCCACACAUGCCUGAUGCAACCCCUUUCAGAGCCAAAUGAGGGACCUUUCACCUGUUAGGUGAAUGUGUAAACUGCUCCAGAUGUUAUCGGAUAACAGGCGUGAAAUGACAUGUAAAUCAUCACCUUUGUUUAAAUAUUUUUGA